GCCGCACACGCGGUGCAACUGAUUUCGAUGCAUUCCCUGAUUCAACAACAAGAUAGAAACAAGAACGGUCGACUUCCAAAAUUAGAGUUAACCACGUCCACAAAAAACGCCUAGAAACGCGGCACAGCAAACACGCACGUAGAACGAGACAUACAUAUAUACAUCUGUACACACAAACACACACACAAGCUGAGAACGAGAGAGAGAGAGAUCGAAAUCCACAUGUUUGCGGCACUCCGCGCGAUCGGGCAAGCAGGCGCGGCCUCAUCACGCGACCCGCAAACAAACACCAAUGUGCAAGGCGCCUCUUCGAAAUGGAAAGGUGAAGGAAUGGAGGAAUGGAUGGCAGCGCAACUCCGUCACACCACGCGACACCAGAGUGCGGUGCGAGCUCACCUGGAGCAGCAACAGGCAGAGAAACACGGCGACGAAGAUGAUGCACCAAAGCGUGAAGCUCAGGCUGCCAACGCGAAUUUUAAUGCGCCGCUGCCGCGUCUUCCCCGGUACGUCAGUUCACAACUGUGUGCAGAGUACGAUAAGACUCUGACGGCGCUGCGCGUGACUGCCGGCGCGCGUCCACCGCAUUCUCCUCUUGCAUCGUCCAUCGCUUGCGUUGAAGACAAAAACUUGGAGGCGUCAAUGGCGUUGCGCAUCUUCGCUGACUCCCUUCCUUCUGCCGUUGUGUGGGGUACGGCAACACACGUGUGGCGCAUGGAAGAGCACGCGGAUUGUCCGACCCUGCGCCGCCUCGCCGCGGCAGCGCAGCAGCGAGAUCCUUUCGGCGUGCAGCAAGACGCUCGCCUUACACGGGAGCUCAUGCCAGCUGCCCUCCGCACCGGGGCCUCCGCAGAGCUUGGAUUUGUACUAGAGGCCAUUCACCGUGCGAAGACGGCAGUGCGUCUAGCGCCCGCGCAGGCACCACGCAAGCGGCCGCGUGCCUCGGACGAGCUUCAAUACGAAGAGGAUGGUGGCCGUGGUAGCGGCAGAGAGGACCACGCCGUGGCUCCUUCGCGACGUCUCACACAGAGAAAGGAAACGUCUGCGUAUGUACCUGCCCCUUCCAUUUCCCUCCCUCUUCGCUCCACGUCUGCCCGGGCACAGGCGGCCGCCUCCUCGUCGCGGUCACGCUCUCGCUCACCACCGCCACCACCACAAACGUCGUCCGCGUCUGGGCAGGCUGGAUGUGCGUUCUCUACCGAUCUGCCUCUCGCAGACGUUGGUAAUAGGAAGCCGCACGCAGAUCACAAUCCAGCAACUUCGUCCUUCGCUUUUGGCGUACGCAUCGCGGGGCAGAGCGGCAGCGUUAGGGGCGGUGGCAGCGGCAACCUGGUAAAGGAAGGAGAUGCGGAUAGCCAGGGCAACCACGACGGGUCUAACGGAGCAACGGGCAGUUCGAACGACCCUCCUAGAUUGCAGACUGGUCCUGCGUCCGCCGCAUCGCCACUAAUGCCUCCUCCCUCGACGCAAGCCCUUCGCCAGACGACCCUUGCCGCGUUCAGCUCAAACAGUGGUGUGGGAGGCAAUCACCCAUCACCACCACCACCUCCAUCGAAAGUUGCACCGUCAGCCGACGCCGCACAGACCUCCAGCCCCACCUCAUUGAGGCGGCAGACGUGGUACAGCCCCCCGCCGCUGCCCGGCGCCUCCAAAGCCCCACCCUACCCGUGCCACGUACGUGGCAACGUGAGCGGCAGUGACGGUGUAGAUGACGCCUCACUCAAUCGCACAGCGCCACCGCCCGCUGCUGGGAACAACGGCGGUUUUGUCACUGCUGGGGAGCAGCUCGUCGCAGAUGUGAAGCAGGGUCGUACGAUGAACUCGGUGUACCUCAGCAAACGUUCGCCUGCGCUGGGGCUGCGUCGCACGGGCUUUCAGCCUCCCUUCCGCGAUCAACCGGCGCCGCCGCCGCAGCAGCAGCAGCAGGGGUGGGGUAAUGUGCAGGAAAGCGGACGAGGAGCCGCCGUCCCGCCCUCGUCGAACAGCACCGACGUGGGACGCGUGGGUGGAAGGCCGCCGACACACAACGCCCGCACGCCUGCCACCAACGAUGCCCACAACAACAGCGACAACGAAGAGGGGGGCAGCUACCCCGCCUCGCUGCUGCUGCCAGACGGCUCCGUGCCGCCUAUUCUCCUCCCCCUCGACCCGAAGCUCGUGACGCAGGUCGCGAUGGAGAUCUUAGACGGCGGCGCCGGCGCACGGCAGGUGGGCUGGGACGACAUCGCCGGUCUGCAGCACGCCAAGGCGAGUGUGGAGGAGGCCAUCGUGUGGCCCCUGCGCCGCCCCGAUUUGUUUGUCGGCCUGCGCGACCCACCGCGUGGGCUGCUGCUCUUUGGGCCGCCCGGCACCGGGAAGACCAUGAUCGCCCGCGCCAUCGCCAACCGCGCCGGCUGCACCUUCCUGAACAUCUCCUCCUCCUCGUUGAUGUCGAAGUGGAUGGGCGAUGGGGAGAAGCUCGUGCGGUGCCUCUUCGCCGUCGCGACGGUUCGGCAGCCGAGCGUCAUCUUCAUUGAUGAAAUCGACUCGCUGCUGUCGAUGCGCGGGGAAGGGGAGAUGGACUCGGUGCGGCGCGUCAAGACAGAGUUCCUCGUGCAGCUCGACGGCGUGGCGACCGACCGCGCGGAUCGGGUGUUGUUGAUUGGGGCGACGAAUCGGCCGGAUGAGCUGGACGAGGCUGCCCGGCGCCGCAUGGAGAAGCGGCUGUACAUCCCGCUACCCGAUGAGGCGGCACGGCGGGAGUUAAUUCAGCGGCUGCUGCGCUCCCUCGGCCCCGAUAGCGGCACCGCAGACGAGGCGGACAAGCACACGAAGGCGGUUGGAUCGAUGCCGCCGGUGGCCGUGGUCCACACCCUCACCGACGCUGACCUCGACAGCGUUGUCCGCCACACACACGGCUACUCCGGCGCGGAUUUGAAGCUGCUGUGCAGGGAGGCGGCGAUGGGGCCGCUGCGGGAGAUGUCGGUGGGCCAGCUGAGCGAGGUCUCUGUGGCGGAUCUGCGGCCGAUCCAGCGGCGCGACUUUAAGCAGGCGUUGAAGCGGCUGAAGCCGAGUGUGGGCCCAGCAGAGGUGGAGCGCUAUGUGGAAUGGAAUCAACUGUUCGGCUCCUUCCACGACCAGGACAGCGACAAGGACGAGGAGGACGCCGAUUCGAACGGUGGUGCAGACAGCUGA